AGGAUUGGCUUUAGCGGUUGUAAAAGUAAACUCAGAGCUUAAAUGAGCCUUAAGUUGUCUACUUAAAAAACAAAUUCGUUGAAUGAAUGCUGCUCCCUCUUUGGAAUGGUGAGCACCUUUGCAGUUAUCCUCUGUCGCUGUUUUAGAUUUGCUGAGCCAUUUAAAUUCUUAGGUGACUUUCCUGCUGCCAUAUUUUCAGUGCUCAACUUUGGUCACUGGAUUGAUAGUCUUGAGUACCACUUUGGGAGGUUCUUGGAUGGUACACUGAUAGAUUUAAAAGUCCUUUUCCUUCCUUCUAAUUAAAAUGCUUCUUUGAUAGUUUUUAUAGUCCACUGGGAAUGAAUGGAUGUUUGUGAGGUAAAUCUAGGUGUUAGAACCAGUGCAAAUAUAGCAGUGAAGGGAGUUUUAAAGCAUCUUUAUAUGAAAUUAUUUGUUUUGAAAAUCUUAUUUUUAAAAUCUUAACACUUGAUUGAGAGUCAGGAAAAUAGGCCAACAUUUGUAGCCGUUUCUUAAACCAGCUGCAUAUCCCAGAUAGGCUUCAUUAUCUUUUUGGGCCUCAGUUUCCCUGUGCUUGAUCGAUUCCAUGUUUAGGAUUUUGUGACUGUCAUAGGGACCUUCUGUUAUCUAGUUAAUAAGUAUGCAUGGGAAUUGUUUACAGUGAUUAAAGCCGAGAAAGCCUUCCCAAUCAAGGAGGGUGUGUGUGUACAUAUUUAUAAAAAUUUGUCUUUGUCCUCUGAGUACACACUUUUUUUUUUUGGAAGUAAAUUAAAUGCAUUUGAGUGUAAUUAAAUAGUAACAUAAACCAAAACAGCCUCAGGCAAACCUUAACCCUGGCAUACAUAAGCUACAUAAAUAGAAGAGAGUAGGUUAUGCUGAGCACAAUUUUCAAGUACAGAAGAUACAAAAUCCUCUUAAAGGCCAUAGGGGCUAAAUUGUUAAAUUCAUUUUUCUACAUUUCAGGGAAGGAGAUAAAUCCUUAGACCCAAGGAAGUCAGUUUUCAUUAUGGUUCUGUAGUUUAUUUUUGGCAUACAUUCACAGGUGUGCCUAUGGCUCUAUUCUUAAUCCUUUUCCUUUGGGACGGCUCCAAGAGUAGUACAAAUUUGUAACUCUGUAAUUUAGCUCUUUAAUUUUUUCUGUGCUGCACUAGAAUUAUGUUUUAUCUUAAGUCCACACUGGAUCCUCAGGAUGGAUCCAGUGAGGAUUUUGAAGAAAGCAUAAUUCUUUUGACUUCUUUUAGAAUUAAUUUACCUAUUAAAUAUAAAGGACAGGAUUCUUCUUUUAUUUGAAUUCCUCUGAGGCUAACAUUUCAAUAUAAACUGAUAAAUGCUAUGAGUAUUAUUCAGUCAGCCACAUUCAACCUGUAUGACAAUAAUAGCAUAGCAAACUGAAGGACAGUGCAGCAAGGGAACAGAUAUAUUGUACCUUUUAGAAAAACAGAAGGGCAUUAAGAGUUGCUUUCUUUAUUUUUGGAAAACGAGUCCGUUUUGACUCUUGUUCAUUUGACUUUUAGGAUCAGCUGUUUGUAUUACCAAAACUAUCAUUACAACCUUCCAACAUUUUGGACAGAAAAUUGGGAAACUAAGAAAAUGACUGGAUGGAGGGAACAUUUAACCUGAUGAUUGAGAUGCUGGUUGCGUGCCUGCAUCCUGUGUCAGUGUGCCUGGAUUAAAGUUGCUGGCUUUAGUUCCUGAAUCCAACUUCUUUCUGGUGCAGACCUUGAGGGGUAGAAGUGAUGGCUCACGUGGUUGGGCUGCUUCCACCUGCACAGGAGACCUGGAUUGAGUUCCUGUCUCCUGGUGUCAGCCCUAUCUAUUGCAGGCAUUUGGAGAGUGAACUGGCAGAUGGGAGCUCGCUCUCUCUCUCAAAUACACAUACACACACACAAAAUAAAUAAAUAAAGAAAAGAAAAGAAAAUGGCUGUAAUUAGAUCUGUAUAGCUAAAAGUAGAUAAAAAAUAUAUUGGUGGUAUUAAUGUUUUCUAGGCUGUUCCUGAUUUUGAACAAGCUACCAUGUAGAUUUUUGGCUGCUCGUGGGAGAAUUUAAGACUUUCAAAAAGCAUCAAAGUUACUUUUCAUGAUGUUUGGUGGCUAUGAGUCUAUAGAAGCAUAUGAAGAUGACCUUUAUCGUGAAGAGUCAUCUAGUGAGCUGAGUGUUGAUAGUGAGGUGGAAUUUCAGCUUUAUAGCCAAGUUCAUUAUGCUCGAGAUCUUGGUAAUGCCAUCAGGGAGGAAGAACAUGAAGAAAAGAACUCUGAGGAUUGUGAAUCAUUGAGUAGUAAACCAAAUCAGAAGAAUCUAAUUGUCCUUUCGGAUAGUGAAGUCAUCCAGCUCUCCGAUGGGUCAGAGGUGAUCACUUUGUCUGAUGAAGACAGUAUUUACAGAUGUGAAAGAAAGAAUGUUAGAGUCCAAGCACAAGGAAAGAUCCGUAGUUCUCCUUCUUCUCUUCCUUCAAAGGAGUUGGCUGGUAAGAAAUGCAGGAGGAAUAUUGAGAAGCCUAAACCUGAAGAGAGAUCAAAUGUGAUCCAAGAGGUCAUGGUUAUAGAAGUCAGUUCAAGUGAAGAUGAAGAGAGCAUCGUUUCAGAAAGUGAUAAUGUGGAAAGCUGGAUGCUACUGGGAUGUGAAGUGGAUGAUAAAGAUGAUGAUAUCCUUCUCAACCUUGUGGGAUGUGAAGACUCUGUUACUGAAGGAGAAGAUGGUGUAAACUGGUUCAUCAGUGACAAAGAUAUUGAGGCACAGAUAGGUAAUAACAGAUCAUCUGGAAGAUGGACCCACCGAUACUAUUCAGCCAACAAAAAUGUUACCUGUAGAAAUUGUGACAAAUGUGGCCAUUUGUCAAAAAAUUGCCCCUUACCACAAAAAGUCCGUCCCUGCUGCCUGUGCUCGGAGAGAGGACACCUCCAGUAUGCCUGUCCGGCCCGCUUUUGUUUAGACUGUUCUUUGCCUAUGUCUUCCACUCACAGAUGUCUUCAGAGAUCUUCCUGGAAAAAAAGAUGUGACCGAUGUGAUAUGUUGGGCCACUAUGCUGAUGCUUGCCCAGAAAUCUGGAGGCAGUAUCACCUAACGAUCAAACCUGGACCACCCAAAAAGCCAAAGACUCCUUCUGGACAAUCAGCCCGAGUGUAUUGCUACAACUGUGCACAAAAAGGCCAUUAUGGACACGAAUGUACAGAAAGACGAAUGUUUAACCAAACAUUUCCAACAUCUCCAUUCAUCUUCUACUAUGAUGACAAAUAUGAGAUUCGGGAGAGAGAACAGAGAAUAAAACGAAAAGUAAAAGAACUCCAGAAAAAUGGAGAUUUCCCAAGGCCGUUCAAGAGACCUCAUAUGGAAGCAUCAGACAGUCGGCUCCACCAUGAUAAGAAGAAGAGCCAUGCUAUGUGGAAAAACAAGUGGCCUCGAGAAGGCAAAGAAACCCAAAGGGAAAUGAUGAAUAGGAACAGAGAGCGGGAGAAGCCCAGAAAGGGUGAUAGAUAUCGUGAAGUGGAUGAGGACUUUCCCCGGGGCCCAAAAAUUCACUCUUCAGCUGGCAGUUUUAAAACCCACAAGUCUCACAAGUCUUUUCACCGUUCAUCGCAUUUCCGCAAGCCUAGAGAAGACAAGCUUUCCAAAGAGGGAAGGCGGGGAAAGCAAAAGGAGAAGGAGAGGCAUGUAGAAGAUGAGGGCAAUGAUAAUUUAUUCCUUAUUAAGCAAAGGAAAAAAAAAUCCAAGCUGUGAGAUAGCUUCUGACUUGGCUUUCCCUUUUCAUUUGGUUUUUAUGUCUACAGCAUUCUGUAUUCUCUUUGACUAAAUACUUAAGUUUUGUUUUGUUUUCAAUUUUUUAAUUUUAGGCAUACCUAGAGUUGCUAAACAAAGGCCAUAAAGAUCCCAGUUCUCUAUGAGCCCUAUGAGGGGCUUCCAAAAGUUUGUGGAAAAAUGGAAUUUAAAAAUAAUACAAGUUUUCCAUGAGCUGUUUGAAGCCCUCUUGUAUGUUCUGUUAAGUAAGAAAACAGACGGGCUUCUUUUGUUCCAGUAUGCCAUUUUUACUCAGACUCUUAGGGAGAUUAAGAAUUUAUAUUUUCAAGAGAGCUUUUUAAGUAUAUUUUGAAAAAAUGUUAAUUGUAUGUAAUUCAUCGCAAUGUGAGUAUUAAAAUUAAAUCCUUGUGGGAAAAGAAGGUAAUAAGAAAAA